UGCCCGGUGCGUGGAUCAGCUUCCGGACGGGACUCUCCGCGGCCAGCAGCUCGGUGACAGUCUGCGCAUCGGGGGGUGGAACGUCUCGAUGGGCUCCUCCUCGCGCUAACCCCCCCCCCCCCCCCCCUCCACUUACAGCCCGAGGCGACGGGCUCGGUUGUUCCCGUCGCGCCGAGCCGAAGGAGCGCGUAAGGUCACGAGCUACGCAGCGCAGCGGAAUGGAAAACAUGAAGCAGCAGAAGAAAGUUGCCCGAUUCCCCGAAGCGAACCGCGUCCAGGAGUCUGCAACCAUGUAGAUUCAUCCCGUUGUGUUUGUUUUUCAAACCUUUGAAAUCUUUGCAGAGCAGCUCGUAAGGUUGUGAGGAGAACUCCAGGGGGGGGGGGGGGGGGGGGGUUAUACGCACCCCUCGUCCGGUCACUUCAGCCCAAGAGAAAACAUGGCAAGACUGCGCAGGAGAGCGUGCAUAUCUCUGUUUCUGUUUACGCUGUUUGUCUUCGGGACCAUGAUGGGGCUGAGGACCCUGAAGCCCAGUGACGGAUUCUCGGACCUGGCUCCGGGCUUGGAGCUUCUGCCGGCGAUGGCGGAGAAGAUGGACCGGCGGUCCGUGUCCCGUGACGCCACCGCGUCCCCGGGUCAAGUCCGUCCAGCUGACAGCCAAACUCAUGCAGUCUUGUCCAACUCUGGACCCGAGGGGACCAUAUUUUAUGACGUUCACAUCUUUUACUACACCUGGUACGGCAACCCAAAUAUGGACGGCAAAUACAUUCACUGGGACCACAUCCUGGUUCCGCACUGGGACCCCAAAAUCGCGUCCAGCUACCCGAGAGGGAGACACACGCCGCCCGAGGACAUCGGCUCCAGUUUCUACCCCGAACUUAAUCCGUACAGCUCGAGGGACCCGGACGUGUUGGAGUCCCACAUGGAGCAGAUCGCCGCGUCGGCAGCAGGGGUUCUGGUCAUGUCCUGGUAUCCUCCCGGCUUGGCUGACGACAACGGGGAACCAGCUGAGGAUUUGGUUCCAGCUGUGCUGGAUGCUGCGUACAGACACAACCUGAAGGUUGCAUUUCACAUCCAGAUUUACAGAGGACGAAACGACCAGAGCGUCCACGACAACGUCAAGUACAUCAUCGACAGGUACGGAGAACACGGCGCCUUCUACAAGUGCACCUCCAGCACCGGGAAGAGUCUUCCUCUGUUCUACGUCUACGACUCCUACCUGACCCCCCCGGAGUCCUGGUCGGAGCUCCUGACCCCCGCCGGCUCCCACAGCGUGCGCGGCUCCGCCUACGACUCCGUCUUCAUCGCGCUGAUCGUGGAGGAGCGCCACAAGCACGACAUCCUCGCCGGCGGCUUCGACGGCAUGUACACGUACUUCGCCUCCAACGGCUUCUCCUUCGGCUCCUCCCACCAGAACUGGAAGUCCAUCAAGGCGUUCUGCGACGCCAACAGCCUGCUGUUCAUCCCCAGCGUCGGGCCCGGCUACGUCGACACCAGCAUCCGGCCGUGGAACAACCACAACCUGCGCAACCGGGUCAACGGCCGCUACUUCGAGACGGCCCUGCAGGCGGCGCUGGACGUGAGGCCCGAGGUCGUCGCCAUCACGUCCUUCAACGAGUGGCACGAGGGGACGCAGAUAGAGCGGGCGGCGCCCAAAAAGACGGUGACCCGCGUGUACCUGGACUAUCAGCCACACGGGCCCGACCACUACCUGGAGCUGACGCGCCGCUGGGUGGAGCAGUUCAACAAAGAGAAGGAGCAGUGGCUGGUGUGAGCCUCCGUGUGUGUGUGUGUGUAAGGGGGGGGGGGGGUGAAAAGGUCUUUCCCUCUGCAGCAAAGUAAUAGAAAUGACUCCAUAUCCAGACACUCCUAUGGUUUCCCUUUUAUAACCGAUUGAGAAGCCACGGUGCCCCCCCCCUUAGUGUUUGAAGUUGCAUGUCCUACUACAUUAAACACACUGGCCCCACCCUGAAGUAAACCUGAGCACAGCGUCUUCUCUGCAUCACGUGACAUUGAAUUAAAAAUGUUCAUCAUAACA